GACCACUGUCGUAAAUACCCACACGCGUGGUCCACAACGCGGAAGUAAAGUUUUGAUGCAAAACAGUGACAGGAGGGUGUCCAGUAGAACAAGUUUAUCAAGGGCUCGUCGCGUUCACAACAGGUUGAAAUGACCAUCUAAAGUUCACCAAAUAUCAUCAUCCUACAACAUGGCAGAACGUGGUAGAAUACUGACGUAUGGGUCCUGUUGGAGGUACCUAAUCAUCAUCAUCACGCUGCUAGUAGCAUCGCGACGUUGCGAUGUCACCGCCGACAGUCAAAUCCUGCAGAAAUGCCACAUGAAGCCGUUCGGUUGUCACAAGCCGCCAUCCGGAACGGUCAAGGUUAUCGACAGCGUACCCGACCCCGAGACGUUCUACCGCGAAUACGUCCGGAAAAGCACCCCCGUCCUCAUGAAGGGAGGAGCUGCUCACUGGCCGGCCGUUCAAAAAUGGCCCGGAAACGAAGAGUACCUCACGGAAGCAUUCGGAGACGAAGUCUUCAAGGUGGACUUCCGUAAGGUCUGGAAGAGCGACUUUGCCAUCAAGAAGAAGAUGAAGAUCAGAGACUACUUGAAGAUGUACCGGGAUGAGCCGGUCUAUCUGGAUUCCUCGGUGAGCAUCACGAGUCAGAUGUACAAAGACAUGGAGCUGCCAGCCUGUCUGGCCUGUCCUGAACAGACUGCUAAACUGACAAGUGUAAACUUGCUGUACAGUUCAGGGAACACCAGUUAUGUUAUUCACCAUGAUGGAGUGGACAACAUCCUGACUGUGGUGUCAGGAAGGAAAACUGUCCUGGUGUCCCACCCCAAGUACUCCCACCAACUGUACAUGAAUGACUUCACCGUGCUACCAGGGUUGGCACCGCUGGAUCCAGAGGAAAUAGACUUGGUCAGGUACCCAGGUGUUGCUGAGGUGGACUAUACCAUUGCUGAGCUGGAGGCAGGGGACAUGUUAUUUGUUCCACAGUAUUGGUAUCACCAGGUGCGUUCUGAGGGAGAUCCCAACAUUGCCUUCAGUAUCUGGUUUGAGCAGUUUACAGAGUGUAAUGAGAGAGUGGAGGACGAGGUGGACCCAGACCUGAUGGUUGUGGAGAGUACAGAGGUGUUCUUACGGUGCCUGGAGGAACAGCCGCAGGAGAUCAGCUGUAAACAAGGGACCCAGAACCUGUCUCAGAUCAUAGCUUCAUUGCCAGAAGAGACAAAGGAGAACUGGGUGGUUGGGUACAAGAGUGGUGACAUCAAGGAGGCAGAACCUGUGCCGGACAAGAAGAUGGCUAGUGGAUAUUCUAUCCCUGUUCUUGGGUUGGGCACAGCACGGAUGUACCAAAAGACAUAUGAUGCUGUAUUAUUUGCACUAAAGUCUGGCUACAGGAUGAUUGACACAGCGCAGGCCUACAUGUACUCGGAAGAAUCCAUCGGUAGAGCGAUCAAGGAUUCAGGUGUACCCAGAAAAGACAUCUUCAUCAUCACCAAACUGGCUCCAAAAUUCUUCGGCUUCGGUCCAACCAAGAAGUCCGUCGACGUGUCUCUCGAGAAACUGGGAACCGACUACAUCGACCUGUUCCUGAUUCACUCUCCUGACUGCGAGGAGGAGGGUGGCGAACACGAUGGCGACGAUUCGUUCAAAUGCCCCCUGGGUAAUCCCAAGGCAUCGUGGGAAGAGAGUUGGAAGGCCAUGGAAGAGCUUCACCGAGAGGGAAAGAUCCGGAGUCUGGGAGUCAGCAACUUCUACCCCAAACAUCUCAGCAAACUGGUGGGCAUGGCAGAGGUGCCUGUCUCGCUGGUCCAGAACUGGUUCGACCCGUUCUACCAAGACCAGGCCACGAGAGAGUUUUGCCGCCAGCACGGCAUCGUGUACCAGGGGUACAGCACGCUCGGAACGCAGUGGCCCGAAAUGAUCGACCCGUCCAUGGCCAACCCGAUUCUCACGCAUCCCGAGUUCCAUAGAAUUUCCUCUGCGAUCGACCGGUCGAUACCAAGCACCGUUCUACGCUGGGCCAUACAGAAGGAUGUUGUGGUGAUCCCGAAAGCCGUGACUGAGAAGUACAUCCUGAACAACCUGAAUGUCCUGGAGAUGGACCUAAGUGACACCGCCAUGGAAGCGAUUGACGAGUCCAUCAUUCCUGUUGAGAUUGACGAAGACGGGGAACCGAUCUUGGAUGAUGCUACAUUGAAUAGGAUCAUGGGAAAUGUAGAGGAAACACCUGAGGUUCACAUCCCAGAUUUUAGGAUGCCCAGUGGACACACAAUUCCUGUUUUUGGGAUUGGGGUGGCUGGGAUGAUAGAAAAGACAUAUGAUCUCGUGCUGUUUGCACUAAAGUCUGGAUACAGGAUGAUUGACACAGCACAGUCGUACUAUCUCUACCACUCUGAAGAAGAAGUCGGCCGUGCCAUAAAAGACUCCGGAAUUCCUCGAGAAGAAAUCUUCCUCAUCACUAAGCUUGCUCCAAGGUUCUUUGGCCAUGACUUAACACUUGACUCAGUCCAGGAGUCACUUGAGAAACUUGGUAUGGACUACAUCGAUCUUCUCCUGAUCCACGACCAAGACUGCAGCGACCCUCACUUCCAGUGUGCACCGGGUGAGCCCAAAGGAUCAUGGGAAGAGAGCUGGAAGGCCAUGGAGGAGCUGCAUAACAAGGGCAAAGUUCGCAGCCUGGGCGUGAGCAACUUCUACCCGAAACAGCUGGAGAAGCUACUAGCCAUGGCGGAGGUUCCCGUAUCUGUCGUUCAGAACUGGUUUGACCCGUUCUAUCGCGACGAGGCCACAAGAGACUUCUGCGAACAGCACGGGAUCGUGUACCAGGGUUACAGCACGCUCGGCGGCAUGUGGACGGACUGGAUAUUUAGGAGGAAAGCUGUGGAGCGGACGAAGAACCCCGUCCUGACAAGUUCCAUUUUGGCGAAACUUUCCAAAACCUUAGACAUCCCCGUGGCAAACAUCGUCCUGCGGUGGGCCUUACAGAAAGGCGUGGUCAUCAUCCCAAAGUCUGUGAAGAAGGAGCACAUUCUAAAUAACCUUCAGGUGCUCAACAUGGAACUGAAUGAGCUCAGUGUCCGCAUUAUUGACGAAAAGAUAACUCCUGUGAAGAUAGAUGAGGACGGUGUACCUUCUGUUUACACAGAUGACAAGGAGUGGGGCAGGAUUGUAGGGAGCCCUGAAGACAGCAAACAACAAGACAUCAAAGUACAGAAGAACAGUAAAGACCAGAAGAGAACAAAGUUACUCGAAGCAGUGAAUUUGGAAGAUGAGACCAUUUUUGUUGGUUCUGAUGAUGGCAAGAUGUAUGCCUUGGAUGGGGAGACUGGAAAAGUCAAGUGGACAUUUACUACAGAGAAGGAUCUUGGUUCUUCUCCUGCCUUCAGCCCUGAUCAGUCUGUGGUGUACUUUGGGACAGAGGAUGGACAUGUGAACGCCUUACAUGCUAAAGACGGGCAGGUUGUUUGGAGAUAUAAAACAGGUGCCUCAGUUACUUGCUCCCCCUCGGUUGGUGCGGAUGGUACGGUCUACAUCGGCACCCUGGACAACCAGAUGUACGCCUUCACGCCAGACGGGAGCGUGAAGUGGUCACGUGACCUGGGCGGAGAGAUCUGGACACACCCCGCUAUCGGACACGACGGUCGGCUGGUGUACGUGGGAACGAUGUCAGCAACUAACUUCAACGCCUUUGCACUGGAUUCACAAACAGGGAUUCCUGCCUGGUCCUUCAAAGCAGCAGGUCCUAUCUGGGCAGCCCCGACCCUGAGCCCUGACGGUCGGUACGUGUACUACAGCUCUCAGGACUCCCAUAUCUACACUCUCCGGGCAGACAGCGGCAGUCUGGUCAGGAAGUUUGACCUCGGGGAGGACCAUGACGGCAUGGACUCUACUCCUGUCAUCAGCAGGGAUGGCACACUGUUUGUUGGCACAAUUGCAGGGUCAGUCAUGGCUGUGGACAUCAGGCGAGGGAAGCUAAAGUGGGAGAAGGUGUUCGGGGGUGAGAUCAUGUCUUCACCAGUUCUGGACAACGAGGGGUACCUGUACAUCGGCUCUGGUGAAGGCCAGCUAGCUCUCCUCAAACUCAAACAAAAAGAUGGUUCUGUUGUAUGGAAGUUUCCAGCUGGUGAAGAGAUCUGGUCCAGCCCCAGGUUGGACAAACACGGCCGCGUGUACAUCGGCUCCAACUCCGGGCCUGUCUUCUGUGUGGACCGUGAGACCGGGCGUAUGGUGUGGUCGUACGAGACCGAGGGUCCUGUCGUGGCGACGCUACUGAUCACAGCUGAACACCAGUAUGUGUACGAGUACGGACAAGGCACAGAGAACAAGGAUGAGCUGUAAGCGUGCUGAGGUAGUGAAAUAUAGUGGUGUUAAAGGUGUACAUGAUUAUUGCUAUAAAAAUUGUCCUAUUACUUCUUUUGAAGGUGUACAUGUAUUCGCAUGGUAAUAGGACUUUAAGAUAUGAUUGUCUGUGUCAGGAAACCGCUUUCUUGCAUGUUGUGAGUUUGUGCUUAGCCUUAUGCACAAGUGUACCAUUGAGUCUCAGAGUUGGAGUUAGGUUACUUCAUCCAGAUAUUGAUUCUUCCACAGUCUUUCCCAUGUUUUGUUGCAAAUGUUUGGAUGUAACCCACCUGAUCUUCCUUGCAUCUGUAAUAAUUGUGUUUUAUAUGCUUAAUAACGAUGACAGUAUUUUGUUUCCCACCUUACUUUGUUGCAUAUGUUUGGAUGUAACUUUAAUACCUAUUGCAUUAGACUCGACAAAAUAUAACUAUAAGAACCUUCAAAUUAAAUUGUCAUGGAGUAACAGUGAAAAUACGGUACAUGCAGGUUUGUAUUUCUAGAGCUGAGAUAUUCCAAUUCUACUAUCAUUGUAACCUGUAAAAUGUAAAAAGCAGAAAUAUAUAUUCUGUGUGUUGCAACAAACAUACUAUGUUAAACAUGCUGUGCACAAAAUCAGCAUUGGUGUCUGUGCUCAACCUUUAUUGCAUUGUGGCAAUCCAGGUGAAAUAAAACCAACUUCAUGUUG